AUGACAACAGAAAUGGAAUCUCAGAUUGAAGUUGAUGAGAAUGGAUUGCCCGGUCCUGGUGCGCCUACCCCGCUCUCCGCGCUUGAGGGAGUGGCAGGAUUGACGGGAAGAGAUAUCAAGUUGUUCCUGGAUGCAGGGUAUAACACUGUUGAGUCGAUCGCCUACACACCCAAACGCCUGCUUGAACAGAUCAAGGGAAUAUCAGAACAGAAGGCUACCAAAAUAUUAGUAGAAGCCGCAAGACUUGUGCCCAUGGGAUUUACGACAGCCACUGAGAUGCAUGCUCGACGAAGUGAGCUCAUAUCAAUUACAACCGGAUCCAAGCGACUAGACACACUACUUGGAGGUGGUAUCGAGACCGGAUCAAUUACAGAGCUUUUCGGAGAAUUCAGAACUGGAAAGAGUCAGAUCUGUCACACACUUGCGGUGACCUGCCAACUGCCGUUUGAUAUGGGUGGAGGCGAGGGAAAGUGUCUCUACAUUGAUACCGAGGGAACCUUCCGACCUGUUAGACUUCUUGCAGUCGCGCAAAGAUAUGGUCUUGUUGGCGAGGAAGUUCUUGAUAAUGUCGCGUAUGCGCGCGCAUAUAACUCGGACCAUCAAUUGCAGCUGCUCAACCAGGCAUCUCAAAUGAUGUGUGAGACUCGAUUUUCCCUGCUUGUUGUUGAUUCAGCAACCGCGUUAUACCGAACGGACUUCAAUGGUCGUGGAGAGCUCUCAUCACGACAGACACAUCUAGCCAAGUUCUUGCGCACUCUGCAGCGUCUGGCCGAUGAAUUUGGCAUUGCUGUGGUGAUCACGAAUCAGGUUGUCGCCCAAGUUGACGGUGGACCUAGUGCCAUGUUCAACCCCGACCCCAAGAAACCAAUUGGAGGAAAUAUCAUUGCUCAUGCCAGUACUACGCGUCUAAGCUUGAAGAAGGGUCGGGGUGAGACUCGUAUCUGCAAGAUUUAUGACAGCCCGUGUCUUCCGGAAAGCGACUGUCUCUUUGCCAUUAAUGAAGAUGGAAUUGGAGACCCCAGCGAGAAGGACCUGGAGAAGGAAUAA